GCGAAAGACUUCAAUCAUAGUUGGUGCAGUAACUUCUUCUUUGUUUCUUACUUUCACAAUUCUCUGUUUUGCUUGGUGGAAGAUCCACAUUAGAAACAAGACCUCGCCGAGAAAAUAACUACGAGAUCUUGAUUUAGGAACAGGUAUGUUUACCUUCACACAAAUUAAAGCUGCUACAAACAACUUUGAUGUUGCAAAUAAGAUUGGAGAAGGUGGCUUUGGGUCCGUCUACAAGGGUACAUUAUUGGAUGGUACAGUUAUUGCUGUGAAACAACUCUCAUCCAAAUCAAGUCAAGAAAAUCGUGAAUUUUUGAAUGAAAUAGGCCUGAUUUCUUGUUUGCAGCACCCUAAUCUUGUGAAACUUUAUGGGUGUUGUGUUGAAGGAAAUCAAUUGUUGCUGGUGUACGAGUACUUGGAAAACAAUAGCCUUGCUCAUGCUAUUUUUGGUUCAGAAGAGUGUCAACCGAAAAUAGAUUGGCCUUCUAGACAAAGAAUCUGUCUUGGUAUUGCAAAAGGUUUAGUUUUUCUGCAUGAAGAAUCAACAAUAAAAAUUGUUCAUAGAGACAUAAAAGCCACCAAUGUGCUUCUUGACAAAGAACUCGAUCCAAAGAUUUCUGACUUUGGCCUAGCUAAACUUAACGAUGAUGGGAAUACACAUAUUAGCACAAGAGUUGCCGGGACAAUAGGAUACAUGGCUCCUGAAUAUGCAAUGUGGGGCUACUUAACAUACAAAGUAGAUGUCUAUAGUUUCGGAAUAGUGGCACUAGAAAUUGUUGCAGGGAAGAGCAACAUGAAGUAUCGUCCUGAUGAGAACUUUAUUUGCAUCCUUGAUUGGGCACUUGAUCUUCAAAAAAAGGGGAACCUAAUGGAGCUAAUAGAUCCAAGGUUGGGUUCGGAAUUUAACAAAGAAGAAGCACUCAGAAUGAUCAAAGUGGCUCUACUUUGUACUAAUCCUUCACCAGUCCUAAGGCCAUCCAUGUCUGCAGUAGUCAGUAUGCUUGAAGGCCAUGAUGAUAUUCUCGAGUACAAAUUCGAUCAACAUGAAUUCAACUUUCAAGCAAUGAGAGAUCAAUAUGAUGAAAUGCUAGUCAAUUCAAGCGACUGUCCAAACAUCUCAGAGUGCAUAUAUCUAAAUGAGGAAUUACAGUAGUUCGUGGUGUUAGAAAAUAUUGAUUUUUGGUGUAAGAAAACACAAGGAAAAACAAGAUUCAAUAAUUUUAUGUGUAUCAAAUACACUUUCUACAAGUUUUAAAUCA